GGAAAACUGCGCCACAACAGAAGAAGCCAGCGUUUAUAUGGUUUUUUUUUUAUCACGUGGCUGGAGUUUUUCUUUGUCGCUUACCGACCGAUCAAAGAUAUGGGUACACAAAAACUUAUGCCAACCAUAUAUGUGCAUAAUAAUGCCGUAAUAGCUGCGCCUCGAAGAGUAUACCGACGAUAGCCUGAUGAUAUCAUUAGAUGAUAAGAUAUUGCAAAUAAUUCGUCGUCAUGAACCUCAAGACUUUAAGAAUUUUGCAGAGAUUAGUUCGGAAGGAACCGCUUUGGUUCAUAUUGUAGACUGGAUGAAUACAAAAGUUGUAAUUAAAAAGCUCGUCAAAAGUUCUAUGAAAGAAGCCAUUAAUGAGAUUUGUUUAACGGGUUUAAUUAGUCCUUAUCCAAACAUUAUCACAUUCUAUGGAGUUACAAAAUUAGAAGAUGAAAAACAAUAUUCGCUUGUUCUUGAAUAUGCGGACAGUGGGACGUUAGGAAAAUAUUUAAGGGAUGAUACUAUAACAUUUAAAUGGGAGAACCAACUGAAGUUUGCUAAAGAAAUUGCAAGUGCGAUCUUAUGGUUACAUAAUGAUAAAGGAGUAAUACACGGAGAUCUUCAUCCCAAUAAUAUCUUAAUACAUAAAGAUACAAUAAAAUUAGCAGAUUUUGGACGUUCAUGCUUAAAAGGCUCAAAAUGUUAUAAUACUGAAGUAUGGGGUGUAAUACCUUACGUGGAUCCUAAAAUGUUUGAUCGUAAAACUUUAUAUAAAUUAAACGAGAAAUCAGAUAUAUAUAGUUUGGGAGUUAUAUUCUGGGAAUUAACCAGUCGUUCAUUCCCUUUCAAUUAUGAAACGAGAGAUAAUCAUGUUGUCAUGUUAGAAAUUCUUAAUGGUGUAAGAGAAAAACCUAUUCCAAACACGAAUGUUAAAUUUAUUGAACUCUAUCAAAAAUGUUGGGAACACGAACCAGAUAAACGACCAAAUAUUCGUCAAGUAAAUUCAGAACUUAAUAGUAUUGAUUCUGAAAACAAUAAUAAUGUAUGUACCGUUUUUUAUUCUAAAGAAAAAAAGACGAGUGAAGAAAUAGAAAUUGAAGAUUCUGACUUGUCAAAUUGCGAUAAAGAAUGUGAUUUAAAUGCGAUGAUGACUUUCCAAGAUUCUUAG